ACUUGAACAGGAUGUGUGGAAUGCUAAGUCCGACAUGGUGGCCCAACACUAUCCAAGCAACCCUACCUAUCAAACGCUUCUACUUAAUCUAUCAAAUACUGGCCACCUCCUGGAUUUUACCUCCUACUUUAACCUUAUGUUUCAUUAUAUACGAAGCUGGAGGUCUCAUAGAUGUUAGAAUAGACCAUCUGAAAGAAGUGUAUGAUAAUAUAUUUGAAACAGAUAAUGAAGAAGAACAGUUCAAAAGGUUUAAGCUCUGGGUUAGAUAUCAUCAGGAUAUAAUUGGGCUAUGCGAACAUUUGAAUAGAAUAUCAAAAAGAACCAUUGGUCAUGUUCUUUUAAUAGCUGCAAUUGUCAUGGGAUGUAUAGGAAAUCAACUUAUAAAGACGCUUGAUAUCAGGGAUACUAUAUAUGAAGGAAAAUGGUAUAUGUGCGAUGAACGGGUAAAAUCUUGGAUGCCUUUUGUUUUACUGAGAUGCCAAAAACCAAUGAGCUUAGAUGCCCUGCCACUGGGUAGCGCAAAUUAUCCAUUGUUUCUGUUGAUUAUCAAAACUACGUAUUCGUAUAUAACGCUAUUGAAUCAAGUUGUUUAAUGAGAAGUACUCGAAUAGCA